ACAGCAGGACUAGCUGGAGACCUAAAUCUGGAAGCGCUUCCGGGAAGGAGGAUUUGGGGAGACAGAGGAGGGCGUGGGCGUGUCUGGUAUGGGAUGCCUUGCAAAGGAGGGGACCUUGCUGAGAUCUGUGGGUGGUUCCUUUGAGGAAUCCUUUUCUUCCUUUUUGCCCUUUGAUUUGCCAAAGGGAGAGUCCCCAUGGUCUCUGUUCAAGUUUUGGAAGCUUUCUCUUUGGGUGGGCCUAAUCACAUACUACUUCAUUAUAGAACUGCCCAGGGCCUUUUCUGAUACUGAGCACAAACGUAGGGAAUAUGGCAGAAAAGAGGAAGCCGCUGCUGGGCGUCGUGGGCAAACUCCCCAGUGGGACCACACCUGGAAACUCAGGCAAGACUCGCUGCCCUUUGUGCAUGGGGCUUUUCAAAGCCCCCAGGCUCUUGCCUUGUUUGCAAGUUUGCACCACCUGUCUGGAGCAGCUGGAACCCUUCUCAGUAGUGGACAUCCGAGGGGGAGACUCUGACACAAGCUCUGAGGGGUCAGUAUUCCAGGAACUCAAGCCACGCACUCUGCAGCCGCAGAUUGGCAUCCUCUGUCCGGUAUGUGAUGCUCAGGUGGACCUGCCCAUGGGUGGAGUGAAGGCUUUAACCAUAGACCACCUGGCCAUGAAUGAUGUGAUGCUGGAGAGUCUGCGUGGGGAAGGCCAGGGCCUGGUGUGUGACCUGUGCAGCGACAGGGAAGUGGAGAAGAGGUGUCAGACCUGCAAAGCCAAUCUCUGCCACUUCUGCUGCCAGGCUCAUAGGCGGCAGAAGAAGACGACUUACCAUACCAUGGUGGACCUGAAAGACCUGAAAGGCUACAGCCAGACGGGGAAACCCAUUCCGUGUCCUGCCCACCCUGCGGAGGAGCUGAGACGGUUCUGCGAGCUCUGCGACCAGCCCGUGUGCCGGGACUGCGUGGUGGGGGAGCACCGGGAGCACCCCUGCGAGCUCACCAGCAGCGCUGUCCACAAGCACGGGGACUCCGUGCGGGAGCUCCUCAAAGGCACCAAGCCCCACGUGGAGGCCCUGGAGAAGGCCCUGGCACAGAUCAGAGGGACCAACGGCGCCCUGCAGGAACGGGUGGAGGCCGUGGCCGCCGACGUCCGCACCUUCUCCGAGGGCUACAUCAGGGCCGUCGAGGAGCAUCGGGACAAGCUGCUGAAGCAGCUGGAAGACAUCCGGAUCCAGAAGGAAACCUCCCUGCAGCUGCAGAAGGCACAGCUGGGGCAGCUGCUGGCAGACAUGCGGACCGGAGUGGAGUUCACCGAGCGCUUGCUGACCAGUGGCUCCGACCUGGAGAUCCUCAUCACCAAAGGGGUGGUCAUGGAACGGCUCACAGAGUUGAACAAAGUGGCAUAUAGUGCCCGUCCUGGAGUGAACGAGAAGAUCACCUUCUCUCCUAAGGAGAAAGCAGGCCUGUGCCGUGGCUAUGAAGUUUAUGGGGCCAUCAGUACCAAAGAGGUCGAUCCAGCCAAAUGUGUCCUUCAAGGGGAAGAUCUCCACAGAGCCCGUGAGAAACAGACAGCCUCUUUCACCGUCAUUUGUAAGGACGCAGCAGGAGAGAGCAUGGGCAGGGGAGGAGAGAACAUUCAAGUCGCAGUAGUCCCUAAAGAUAAGAAAGACAGUCCAGUCAAAACGAUGGUCCACGAUAACAAGGAUGGGACAUACUACGUUUCCUAUACCCCCAAGGAACCUGGCAUCUAUACUGUGUUCGUCUGUGUCAAGGAACAACACGUGCAGGGCUCACCAUUCACUGUGACCGUGAGGAAACGGCACCGCUCACACCCAGGCGUGUUUCACUGCUGCACGUUCUGCUCCAGCGGAGGCCAGAAGACUGCUCGCUGCGCGCGUGGAGGCACCAUGCCGGGUGGGUACCUAGGCUGGGGCCACGGACACGAAGGCCACCCGGGGCGCCCCCACUGGUCGUGCUGUGGGAAGUUUACCGAAAAGUCGGAAUGCACGUGGGCAGGUGGGCAGAGCGCAGCGAGGAGUCUACUGAGGACGGUGGCCCUCUGACGGCUUCCUGGGUCUGUGGUCACAGCUGCGGCCAGCACGGCUUCAGAUCAACAGAGGACCCCUGACCUUAAUUCUGAAGAAACUGAUAGAAUUAAAAACAAAGUGCCUUAUGUUA